CUUUAAAUACUAUGAUUUUAUUGGCUAAAAAGCAAUGAACUUAAGUCAGUUUCUUUUCAAUUAAAGAACAUGAAGGCAGUUCAACAGUGAAAAUGAAAACAGAGCAGCAAGUACUGCUUCUUGGGUAAAUCAGUGUUUAUAAAAGUUGGGUAGUGCAACAAGCUUUUCUGAAACGAUAAAUAGUUGCAAAACAAAAAUCGCUAGACGGCGCUUGGCAAAAUAUUUCAAAGUAAAUAAGGUGUUUUCAUCGGUGGCCGUGUUGGAGGAAAAUUCCAUAUAUAUUGUAUAGUAAAAAGAAACAAAAGUAUUUUCAAUUAACUUUCAGAAAAAAAUAAGCAGGACAUAACUGAAUAUAUGAAGACCCCUCCCCCCCUCUCUAAAUAGCGUUCUAGCCUUGCCUCUGCUCACAUGACGAUUUUUUAAAAGUCAUCAAGCAGAUGAAAGUAAAUUGUCAAAUUCUCAAGCUGUUGUUCACCGAAAGAUAAAAAAAUAGUCAACUGUCCUCUAACCUCUACAUAUUACGUUUAUGUCCUGUUGCUGCAUUGCAUGUGUAUAUUUUCUGAAUUCAAUUAUAUUUUUUAAAUGGUAGGUGUGUUAGAAUGUAACUAUAUCUUCUACAUGGUAGGUGUGCUAAUGGAGACUAAGGAUUCCGUUGUCGAAAUGGAAGAUACAAAUGAAGCUACAGUAGUCGCUGCUUCUCGUUGGAAGUUGCAAAAUUCCGUGGUUUUGAAUCCAUUGAUUCGAGCUGUCCGACGGGGAAUGUUCAUGACAGAGCAAUACCUUGCUGAAAUAAAGGACAUUGAAAACCUCAAAAUAAAAGACAGUGAUGACUUCGGAAGAAAUAUAUUCCAUCUCAGUGUUCAAAGAGAAAAGCUGCUAGAAUUUCUGUUAGAAAAGUUCAAGAAGCAUGAGCAACUCAUGGAAGCUCUCCACAGUGAAAAUUUGAAUGGUCACACUCCAGCUCAUGUUGCUGUGUUGCACAAUCAAAGAAAGAGCUUACAAAUUCUGGCUUGUGCCGACGAAAAUGUUUACAUGCUUCGAAGCUCAAAGACUGGACAGACACUUAUCCAUUGCGCGGUUUAUCAGACAUUGAUACACUGCGCGGGGGAUGUUUGGAAUCCUUGUAUAGUGCAGGACAUCAUUUCUACUCGACCACAGUCCCUCAUCGAUAAAGACAACAAAGGAAAAUCACCACAACAUUAUGCUGCAGCUCUUCAGGAGUGUUUUGUCUUAAAUUUUCUACUCUCCAUGGGUGCAAAUAUUUUGGAGAUGGACAACAGAGAGUCAACUCUUCUUCAUGAAGCAGCUGAGGCCGGGUCAUUAUCCAAUGUUAUGCUCCUAUCCCGCGAUGAGCAAACAAUGUUGAGAGCAAGAGACGUUGAAGGAAGAACACCCCUACAUAUUGCCUGUGCCAAAGGUUUUCGAAAUAUAGUGUCGUUUCUAUUAGAGAAUGGGGCUGAUCCACUGGUGAAAACAAACGACCAUGAGAACUGCCUGGAAGUUGCGGUUAAUGAGAAUAAAAAGAACAUUGUUAAAGAGUUAUUGCUUAGCUCUUACUGGAAGUUACUGAUUUGUGAUUGGAAGAAUGGGCCAAAAAAAUGUUUCGUGCACCUUAUUGAGAAGAUGCCUGAUCAAGCCAAGUUACUGCUGGAUCGUUGUGUUGUGACCAGUAAUCACAAACCAAACUCACCUGACUACAAUAUUACUUAUGACUUCUUUCUUCUUGGUGCUGUUGAUGGUUCCAAUCCUCCAGUUUUUGAUGCACUUACAGCAAUCAUCAAGAAUAACGAAGAACAGUGUUUGACUCACAAGCUUUGCAAGAAAUAUUUCAGUGUUAAAUGGCGUGAGAAAGGAUGUCACCUCUACUUGAUCAAUCUGACAAUUUUUUUGUCCUUUCACAUAUUGUUCAGCGUAUACGUCUGCUUGGUCCGCGGUGAAUUCAAAGGAAAAGGAAUGCAUGAUAUCAAUAAAUCCAGAAGUAAUACAUCUUCCUCUAAAUCGUAUGUAGUGCCUCUUGCAAACCUUGGAGAAGUUGGACCUGUCAUUAUUACUUAUUUCAUUGUUGUUCUUACGGUCUUCAACAUUUUCAGAGAAUUUGUGCAGAUGAACACCUAUCGCUGGAAAUAUUUUAAGCUUUGGUCAAACUACUUUGAAUGGUUGUUGUUUUUGUGCGUUCUAUAUUUCAUGUUCCCAAUAAAAACGAGCAAAACCGAGCCUCAGUUUAGCGCAGCGGCCAUUGCAAUUGUAAUCUCUUGGCUUGACUUCAUUUGGUUCCUACGAAGAAUUCCCGACACCAGCACAUACAUCUUGACUUUCCAGAAGACGUUUAAAACCAUGAUGAGGAUGUUUAUAUUGAUCAUGCUGUUUGUUAUGGCAUUUGCAUCUCCAUUCUACAUCUUGAUGGUUGAAAAGCCGAGGUUUAAAAGCUUUCCCAUUGCAAUCCUGAGUACGUUUGUUUCGAUGUUAGGGGACUUCAAAUACGAUGAUUUAUUCCUGAAAAUUUCCGACUUCAAUGCUUUUUAUUAUUUAAAACUCUUCAUGUUUGUCAAUUUCCUGUUGUUGAUGGUACUCGUUGUAAACAACGUGUUGAUUGGCUUAGCUGUCGGAGAUACCCAAUACGUGAUGGAAAUGGCAAAAGUAGAAAGGCUGAAGCAACAUAUGAAGUUUAUGAUAACAGUAGAAUCAUCGCUAUUUGCCCGACUGCCACACUUCCGUCAAAGGAAACACCAAAGUGUGUACACAGAAUAUCCAAAUUGCAAAACGUCUUUUGCAAAUUAUUUAAAACGAUUUUUGGCAGGAGAAAUGAACACCUUUUCCAUUAAAAGAGCUGAAGACGAAGUUGAAACUGAGGUUGUUACACGACAGCAAUUUGAAGAAAUUUUGAAUGUUAAAUUUGAGGAACAUCAUGAGAAAAUGAAAGAAUUGCUCUUUCGGAAAAGUUGGAAAAUUUAGGCAAGAAAGUUAUAUUAUGGUAUCAAGAUACAGUGACAUUUGAUCAACAAACUCAAAAGAUUAAAACAUUGUUGUACAUGUAAAAUGGCAUAUUAUAUAUCAAAAUUUCAGUAAUUAUACUUUAUUGAGACAUGUACUAGUAAACAAAAGAAGAAAGCUAAGCGGAAAAGAGUAUUUUGAGAAGGUUCAUCGUUUUUGUAGUCGAUUGGCUGAGUAAAUAUUAAUAUUCAUAGAUAAAGUUUUUGUUUUCAAGUUGUUAACAUAACUUUAUUUUCUUUCGAAAAUUAGACCAAUGAACUGCUUUAAAAAUUUCGUGAAUGAACAAUAUAAAAUCAAGAUUUAUACAUACCGAUAGCAAGGAUCUUUUUUAUCAUAAUAUGGAACAGAAUUUAAUGGUUUUCUUCCUCCGCUGUUAUUCUUAUAUCUGUCUGCACAGAAAAAGCUCCAAUCUAAAACUGAUUAAUAGUUAGUGCUAUGCAUUUAAACAAGUUACAAAAAAUUAUAUACAAUAAAAUCAGUUAUUAUGUCUCUACCUCAAA